AUGAGCACUUCUCGUAUGUACAACAGCUAUUUUGAACCGUCGUUUAAGGUGGGUCUCACCCAAGAGGAGAAGAAACUCUACUCCCAGUUGUUCAAGUCGUUGGACCCAGAAGGUAAGGGUAUUGUGACUGGUGAAAAGGCCAGAACGACGUUUGAAAAAACUGGUUUGCCUCCAAACAUUUUGGGCGAAAUCUGGCAGCUUGCUGAUCACAACAAUGUUGGUUUCUUGACCCAGUUUGGCUUUUGCUAUGCUAUGAGAUUAAUUGGUUAUACCCAAGCUGGUCAAUUCCCAUCGGCCGGGCUUGCCGACCAGCCUGGUCCAUUGCCCAAGUUUGCUAGUCCUAACCCAGCCUCUCCAAGUCCUUCCCAAUUGGCCCCUCAGCUGACCAGCAGCUCCUUGCUUCACACCCAGCCCAGCUCUCUUAUUCCUCAGAACACUGCCACCCAGCAAUUACAGCCUCUGGACCCAAUCGGCCCAGUGUCUCAUGCUGACUAUGAGAGAUUCAAGCAGAUGUUCGUUAAAACCACCGGUUCCGAGCUGGUUCCUUUGAAUGGUAAUGCUGCUAAGGAUAUUUUGAUGAAGGCCAAGUUGCCAACGGCUACUUUGGGCCAGAUCUGGGGUCUCGUGGAUGUGAACAAUAAGGGCUCUUUGGACUUGCCUGCUUUUGUUGUGGCUAUGCAUUUGAUUCACGGCUUGCUUAGUGGCAACAUUAAGAACUUGCCUCCCUUCUUGCCUGAAGUUGUAUGGCAAUCGGUUGAUUCCGCUAGACUGGCCGAAUCCCAGGGUUCCCGUCAAGUCUCUCAGGCAUCUGUGAGCUCGCAGCUGUCUACUAUCAGACAUCCACCUUCUUCUGAGUCUUCCGAAUGGACCGUGACUUCUCAACAGAAACAAAUGUUUGACUCUAUGUUUGACAAUUUGGAUAAGCAGAAGUCAGGUCAAUUGACUCCGGACCAGGUUGCUAACUUUCUUAUGACUUCUAGAUUGGGACAGCAGGAUCUCGCUACUAUUUGGGACUUGUCCGACAUUCAGAACACUGGUAUCUUUACCAAGCUCGAGUUCUCCAUUGCUUUGUUCCUCGUUAACCGCAAGCGCUCUGGCCUUCCAUUGCCUAAUGUGGUCCCCGAUGCUUUGAUCAAGUCUUUGUCUGGGCAACAGGCUAGCUCCCAACAGCCUCAGCCACCCCAGCAAAAGCAGGCUCAAGCUAAACCAGAGCAGUCUGCUGCUAACCCAUACUCGUAUGACCAGGGUAAUGCGCCAGUAACUCCUGCUAAGAACAAGUCCUCAAUGGAUGAGUUGGCUGACAUUUUUGGUUCUUCAUCGCCUGCACCACCAGCAAAGCCAGCCUUGGAGCAGCGUACAAGCUCAAGCGACUUGACUGCUUCUGAAUUACCAAAGGUGCGCAAACAAUUGACAUCUUCUUUCAAGCCUACAUCUACAUUUGGCCAGUCUCUUCUUUCCCAGCAGCAGCCAAAGCAACAACAGGCACCCGAACCUCCAAGCUUAAUUGGAGAUGAUGUUCCACUGUCUCCAGCAAGCCCGGCGCCUACUCCUAAGGAGACACCAGCUCCUCCGCAGGCCCCUGCUCAGGCUCAGACGACUGGUCAAUAUCCAUCCCAGUCCCAACACCAGGACUCUCAAAAGUCAGUUGAUUACGAGGCUUUGAGGUCAGUUCCUCCACCUCCACCAAAGAGAGGUGCAGAACCUGCCGGUCAGGAAUCGAAUUUCUUCUCAACCGAGCGUGUUGCAAGUCCUGCCUCUCAACAGCCUACCCCUCAGCAGCCUAUUCCUCAACAGCAUUCUAAUCAACCCGCAGGCCCUGCUAACCCUGAUCUUUUGGCGGACUCAGAGGUGUCUGGUCAAUUAUCCCAGGCCAACACUGAUAUUGCCAACAUUUCAAACCAGGUCAGAUCAUUGACGAACCAAACUUCUAACUUGCAUGAGAAGAAAACUAGAGCAGACCAAGAAUUAACCCGUAUUUUGGCAAUCAAACUGGAGAUUGACAAUAAAUUGAAGACCUUGAGGGCUUCUUAUGCGAAUGAAGUUAAGCAAGUCGAGCAAGUUGAAGCCACUUUACAAAACGCUAGAGAAGAGACAGAGGCAUUGAGAUCUGAGGCAUCAAUUUCUGAGGCUAAACUCAACAACGUAUCGGGCGAAUUGCACGAGAAGCAAGUUGCUGUUGAGGAAUUGCAAAAGACUAACAGUUCUUUAAGAGAGAAGCUAGGAAGCUUGAAUGCAGAGAUUGUUGAGGUUGAAAAGACAUUGGAAGCUAAGACAACUGAGAACAAGAAGCUCUCUAAUGAUGUGAAUGUCAAAAAGUCUCAAGUACAAGUGUCUUUGGUCAAAGUCGAUGAAAUAAAGCAGAAGAUUUCAGAGUUUGAGGCUAGCACGCGCCGUUUACAAGAAGAACAAGCUAACCUCGAAAAGCAGGAUAGCGAUUUGCAGCAAGAAGCCAAGAGUCUCCAGACUAAGCAUGAUGAUAUCAGAGAGCAUGGUGUAUCGCAAUCUUCUGGUUCCAAUUUCGGCAUCGGUGCCGCUGUCACUGCUGCUGCUGGAGCUGCCAUUGGCGCAGGUGUUGCUGGCGCUCAUGCUUUGGGUGGCAAUUCUGAGGAAAAGCAGGACGAACCAAAAGAAUUCAACAGUCCUCUUCCAAGUCAAGACUCUAACGUUCAUCAAUUCUCACCUGCUCAAGUCAUUCCAGGUUCAUUAGAUCAUCUCAAUGACUCCUCUGCUGAUACCACUGCCGAGGCUACCCACGAAGCCGCCAACGAAGCCACACAGCAAACAGAGGUGAUGCCAGGUAAUGAGGAGCCCUCUGUCGGUGCCCUCGUUGAUGAAGUCAAGGAAACUCCUGCCCAAGAUAUGACAGGCGUCGAUGACUUCAAUGCAGCAGAGCACGAAGACGUUGGUCAAAAGCAAAUCGAUUCCGCAGAAGUAAAGUUCCCUGAUAUGGAUGACAUCAAAGACAAGUUCCCAGAAGUGCCAUACGAUAGUGGAAGCACAAACCGCACGGCACCCUCUUCUGUUGCAACCGACUACUACAAGAGAACCGAUGACAGUGAAAGAAGUGAAACACCUGUCACUUCACCUAAUAGUUCUGACUACCAGUUCCAGUCUUCUUCUGCUGGUGUGGUGGGUAGCAUGGUUGGUAUGCCAAAUGUUCUUGUUGGUGUUCAACGCACAGAUUCGUUGACCUCAAGCAUCCAGAACAAUCCGUCAAUGUCUGUUCGUGACGAUAACAUUGAGGAUGUCAGUGAGCGUGAAACUUUGAGUGGAGAAGUCCCAGUCUCUCCAGCCGCUUCUCAAGUUCCAAGAUCUCAGAAAGAACCUGAAGGACAAGAGUCGAGCGAAGGUGAGCGCAUCUCUUCUGGCGUGGAACUGUUCGAGAUUGUGAACGCAGAUGAGGCUAGAGGCUUGGAACCACGUCAAAGUCCUGAAGGUCCAACACAUCCUUUGGCCCAGAGCCAUAUUCAGUCAACUGAAAGUCAAGAUGAUGUGAGACCUGGCCAUGCUGAUGACGACGAAUUCCCUCCAAUCCGUGAGCUUGAAAUUGAUGAGAGCUCUUCGGAUGAUGAGCCCGAUGACAGAUUCGACGAUGCUGUAGACCACUUGAACUCUGGUGCUCAGGCUGGAGGCAGGGACGAAUUUGACGAGUUCGAGGACGACCUUAAGCCUGCAGCUCAAGAGAAUGGUCAAGGCCUUGAUGGUUUUGACGAUGAGUUUGAUGACUUGCAAGCAGCACAUGCCGAUCAAGGGGAAGACUUUGACGGAGGUGAAGGUGACUUCUCUAUCGACAAUCAUUUCACUGGUGCUGAUGAUAUCGCUGCUGCUCCAGGUCAGCCAUCUUUCGCUCAAGCCGGUGGAGCUUCAAAGCCUGAAACCAACGACGAAUGGGAGCAAUUGUUUGCUGGAUUUGGUAAUGCUGGCCCUAGCCAGGCGGCUCCAGUUCCUGAAAGUACAACGCAAACAGACCCAUCCAAGGACCUUGCCAUCCAGGAACUUGUCGGUAUGGGCUUCGAGGAAGGUGUCGUUACUGAUGCUUUGCAAAAAGAAAAUUGGAAUGUGGAAGCUGCCACCAACUACUUGUUGGACCAUGCCUAA